UUCAAUUCAUCAACUUUCUGCAUCUUUUAUAUGGGGAUCAUUCCCCGAUCAGCUGACGGAAGUUGCCGUGGAAUGUGAAUCGAAGGGGAUAGAGGGAACUGGUACAAAAUCUAUUGACUACAGAGCGGUGUGAUGUCUGGCAAAGUUAAGCAGAAAUCGUCGGGGACUGCCGCAGACUCGUCGACUCAGUCCACCAACGAGAAGAUUCUGAAAGAAUGUCACACCCUUUACACAGACCCAGACAAUGGCCUUGUAAAGAUAGCAGAGAGUUUGGGAUUGGCUUUACUUGCACCCAGAAAGAAGAUCUCUGUCCUCCUUAUUGGGAAUCACUCAGCUGGAAAGAGCUCUUUUAUUAACUGGUACGUGGAGGAGAAGGUACAGAGAACUGGUGUAGCCAUCGAGACCCAGGGGUUCUCGGUCGUAACCAGCGGAAGGAAGAGGGAGUCGCUCACAGGAAAUGCCACACUUCAUCUUUAUCCCCAUUUUGAACCUCUUAGACAGAUUGAAGGUGUCACUGAUUACCUGACAACAGAGAUUUCGACUUCCAAGCAGAAGCGCUUUAACCUCGUCAAAUUCAUCGACACGCCUGGUUUAGUGGACGGAGACAUGCAAUAUCCAUUUGAUGUUAACAGAGCCAUUCUCUGGCUGGGUGAACUUGCAGAUCUCAUAUUCGUAUUCUUUGAUCCAAUUGGUCAAGCUUUAUGUAAGAGAACACUAAAUAUAGUGGAAGAGUUGAGCAACAACCAUUCUGAGAUAAUGAGAUUUUAUCUCAGCAAAGCAGAUGAAGCUGGAGACGAAAAUGAUAGACAGAGAGUCCUAAUGCAGAUUGUACAAGAACUGUGUAAGCGUCCCAACCUAAAUCGCACCGGCUUUGAGAUGCCUACCAUAUUUAUUCCAAGUAUGAACCCCAAGAAUAGCACUUGUGCAAAUCAGAUCGAGGAUGUAUGUCAGGACAUCGAGAAAACCAUCAACCAAACCAUCCAGAACACACUAAACUCACUUGAGCGUGACUGUGACCAAAUUGCUGAGUUAGUGGAAGAGAAAUUAAAGAAAAAUAUGGCGACAAGCAGUGAGAACCUCCAAGCGAGAUUCCGUGGGGCCAGCUUCGGACUGUUGGGAGUGUUCAUACCAUUCAUCAUGUUGACAACAUACCUCAUCUCAACUCAACAGAAAGUCAUGAAAGAUAUCCUGGGAGACAGUCUUCUGGAUACAAUGGGUAUCUAUUUGGGUCCUUUAGCCAGAGGUUGGAAGGCAAUCCCUCUCCAGUACGCCACGUACAUACUGUAUUUCAUCUUGUUCUUUACUACAGUGAUGCUGUUGAUAGCAAGAUAUGUCUCAAGGACAAGGCCUACUCUGUCUAGGAAGGAAAAGAGACAUUUAUCAGAAAUCAGAGAGUAUGUGCAGAACUCGGUGAAAAAGAAGAAGCAAUCACUGUACUCCGACUACCUGAAACAGAGUGUGGCAGACCAUGACUUGUGAUGUCAGUCGGAAGAACUUAAACUCUGUGCAUUUAGAUAGUUCAUUUCCUUGUGCUCAUCUUCACAGACUCUUGUAAUAAGAUGUUCUUUGAUUUUGAUAAUUGGUAUUUGGAUGAAUUCCUAAGUGAAUAGUUGGUUAAUGUGGACCACAGAGUAAAGGAUUCUUCUAUAAUUCAAAUAAUUGUGUUACCUACAAGAUUUCUGUUGUUUCAAGAAGUAGAAGGAACAUGGAUAUAAAAUAAAAGCACAGAGAAUAAUUAGUGGAAAACAAAAGCCUAUUUCCUGUUGAAGGCAGCAGUAACUGAUUUUUUUUGUCCAUGUAGGAAGUGUAGAGUCAUGUGAAUCUUAAGAAAAUCUUCUCAGUCUCAGGUGUCACAACAUGUUCAUUCAAUUGGCAGCUCAAUUACUAAUUGAAUAAAUUAUAUUUCAUAUG